UACACAGCGGCCGCCAACACAUUUGCAACAUCAGAUUUGCGGUUCUCACGGUGGAGGAGCCCCAGGAAACUGCGCCGUCUCAACCGACGCCCGCAGUGUCGAAGAAGCUCGUCAAGGUGACGGUCGAUGAAGAAGAGGACGACAACAAGGAGGCAGCGGACUCAUAUCUGGGUCAGCUGUUCUUCAAGACCCUCUGCUUGCUUCAGGAUCUGGACAAUAUGCGAAAGUUCAUUUCCAUCACCUGGUCAGAGUAAUCAUGAGAAGAAAAUCGACCUCAUGAACGCGGCUGUCGUUACGGACAGUACUUUGCAACUUGCCCAAGAUCUGGUCAAGGAGGUGGAGGCGAACUGGCGCACCUCGCUGUCCGAACGGAAGAGUGAUGUCCAGACUGUGGUCUACAAUCUUGCUGCUCUCUCCUCCGGCAUUUUUGCGCCCCCGUCCAUGAAGAUUGGCCUUCCCUACAACAAGAACCUGGCUGUUACCGCCGAGGGGUGCUAUUUGCCAACCAAGCUCCUGCUUGAGUCUUUCGCAAAUUUGUUCCAGGCGGGCCACCAUCCAGUCUUCAAAACCGGCCAAUUCGGCAUCUAUGAUCCGAAAGCGGACAGAGGGCGGAUGUCUCUGGGCCAGAAGUUCAACGAAGACAAGCUCAUCCUUCUCCCGAUAUUGCCCGAGUUUGCAUGUUCGAUACGUUCGGCAUCCACUUGCCUACCGAGGAUGUCAUCACUCGGGGCCUGAUCGAGUUUGCCAAGACCAGAAGGGUGAGCCUGUGGCUCUGUUUAGCCGUCCAGGUCUUCCUCGACGUUCACCACGCGAUGCGACACAGUACCUUGGGCGCAUUUGGAGAUCUCCGCAUGUCUGGACUUCGCAUCCAGAAGACCAUCGAUGAUUACCUGCAACUGUCU